AUGGCUGCGGCCGUCUCUACUAGAUCUUCCCGCAACAACAACACUUCAACUCCUUCUCUCUCCUUGGCAGCCUUGGGGAGAGCUCCUGGACGCUUGUCUUUGGGGGGGCGUCGAAUUACCUCCAGAGACCUUCAGAUACACGAGGCUACCAACGAACUUCUAAAUAUCGAAAUACCUGAAGAAGAUAAUAACAGUUCUACGGACGUGAGUCUACUUCGCGGAUUCAAAGCUACGAACCCUGGUGCCAACGAUGGAAGAGCACGGCGAAGAAAGAUGCGAAAUGUUGACGAACCCUUGGCACCUGAACAAGUGGCGACCGACGUUUCCCCAAGGCCGAGGCAACCCUCGGAAACCCGCAAAAGACGGCCUCGUAUAUCCCUUGCAACCGAUGUAAGGCUAGGAAGAGCCGAGCUUGAGAGACAAAUUCACGAGAUUUCAAUUGACCAAGAAAACAUCAAAGUGCGGCGAGCGCUUCUCGUGGCUGAAGUUGCAGAUAUUUCGGAAAAGAUAAACUCCCUUGAAAACUUGCGCAAAGGCAUUGACCUCCAACUAUUGAAGUUACAAGAAGACGACCUGGAGUUAAGCGAAGAAUUAGAGGGUGUUGAAGACCGCCUUGCAUUCGAAGAAUCCUCGUUACCCGGCAAAGAUUUACACAUGCCUGCGACACAAUACAGUGUGAGGCCAAUACGACGGAAGCGAGGACCCGCUUUUUUCCCAUCUGAGCACGACGAACUGCCUCGCGGCGCCGCUUUUAUGACGCUCUCUGGGCACAAAGGUCCAAUAAGUGCUCUUGACUUUUCCGCGCCCUACGGACUGCUUGUUAGUGCCUCCUUGGGAGUACCGGAUGAGCCCGAAUGGGCCCGAGUGUGGGAUUUGACAACAGGAAAGCAAAUUGGGCGCCUUUGCGGGGAAGAGGGAAACAAUGAUGCAAUCAAAUGUGCGCAGGUCGAAGAGAACAUCUGCGCUACUGGGGGGACAGAUUGCAGCGUCAAUUUGUGGGAUCUGAAACGGGUAGGGGAUCCUGUGUCGACUGACAUCGUAACUCUGACUCGAAAUGACCCGGGCGCCGGCGUAAGUGUUUUACGCGGCCAUAGCGGCCCUGUGACUGCUUUAUAUUUCGAUGAUUUGUAUUUGGUCAGCGGUGCCUCCGACAAAACAAUCCGACAAUGGGAUCUCUCCACAGGACAGUGCAUUCAAACCAUGGACCUCUUAUGGGCUAUCUCGCAUCCACCAGCCAUGUUGAGCAGGGGCUCCAGGCAAGGGCUCCUAGAUGUUUCUUCGCCUGCCUUUGCAGUUCCUACUCAACCUCUUUCUGAUGGAAGUUGGGACAUGUAUCAAGAUUUCAUCGGCGGAUUACAGUUCUGGGGUUAUGCUCUCGUCAGUGGCAGUGGAGAUGGUGCUGUUCGAAUGUGGGACAUGCGCACUGGCCAACCGCAUCGGACGCUGAUGGGACAUACGGAACCAGUAACCUCUGUUCAAUUUGACGAGUUUCAUAUCAUCAGUGGAAGUCUGGACAAAACAAUCAGAAUUUGGGACAUAAGGAAUAGUGUCAUGACAGACACCAUUCGGUUCGAUUAUCCGGUUUCGGCCCUACAAUUCGACCCGCGCAGGAUCAUUGCGUGUUGUGGUGAGAACGGGGUGAAGACAUAUAACCGAACAACUCUUCACCUGUCUUCUCUUGAAGCGAACGGUCAUAGCAGGCCCUGUGAGAGAGUGAGAUACAUGGACACGUAUAUGGUUUCGGGGGGGCGAGAUUCGGUAUUGAAAGUAUGGGCACUGUAG